UCCACAGACAGACAGUCAGGUUGCAGCAGCAGACGGAGGGCAGACAGUCUCACCGCCGGUCUCACCGUCACACCAGCGGACCACAGCCGAGCAGAGCCGACCGUGAGCCGGUGACCAUGUCCGUCCUCGGGUCGGCCCCCAGCAGCACGGACGCCUGCCUCAGCAUUGUCCACAGCCUAAUGUGCCACCGACAGGGCGGCGAGAAUGAGGGCUUUGCCAAGCGGGCCAUCGAGAGUCUAGUGAAGAAGCUAAAGGAGAAGAAGGACGAACUGGACUCGCUCAUCACUGCAGUCACCACCAACGGAGUCCAUCCCAGCAAGUGUGUGACCAUCCAGAGGACACUGGAUGGACGGCUGCAGGUGGCAGGCAGAAAGGGCUUCCCUCAUGUCAUCUACGCCCGUCUGUGGCGGUGGCCCGAUCUCCACAAGAAUGAACUCAAACACGUCAAGUUCUGCCAGUUCGCCUACGACCUCAAGUACGACAACGUGUGUGUGAACCCUUAUCACUACGAGCGCGUGGUGUGUCCCGCCAACACCGGUCCUCAGGUGAAGGAGGAGUACAUGCAGGACUGUCUCCAGGUGGAUCUGUCGCCUCUCCCGGACCACUACAGCCAGCAUGUCAGCAUGUAUCCCAGCAUGCCUCUGUCUCCGCCAGGAAGCUCCAUGCCGAGCAGCUGUCGGGUCGACGAUGGACCAGGUCUCCUUCAGAUCGCUGCACCGCAAAACCAGCACGGAGGCCGAGCUUCGCCACCACACCCCAACUCUUCCCUCACACCUCAGCCACCUCACCCGGACGGCAUGACUCCCCCUCACCCACAGAGUCCAGAGUACAGUGGCGUUCCCAAACCAGCCACCUGGUCUGGAAACAGCGCCCCCUACAGCACGGCUGUCCCACAGCACAGUGGGCGGAGUCAUCAGCAGCAUCAACUACAUCAUCAGCAGACGCCCAACACUCAUUUCUGGUCUCAGCACCACAGCUCCGCACCGUACCCUCAGCCGGUGACCAACCACCCGGGUCCUGAGUUCUGGUGCUCCAUCUCUUACUUUGAGCUGGACGUUCAGGUGGGUGAGAUGUUCAAGGUCCAGUCCAGCUGUCCUCUGGUGACCGUGGAUGGUUAUGUGGAUCCCUCCGGCGGUGAUCGCUUCUGUCUGGGUCAGCUGAGCAACGUCCACCGCACGGCCGCCAGCCACCGCGCCAGGCUACACAUCGGUCGAGGCGUCCAGCUGGAGUGUCGGGGUGAUGGGGACAUCUGGAUGCGAUGUCUGAGUGACCACUCAGUUUUCGUCCAGAGCUUCUACCUGGACCGGGAAGCCGGACGAGGACCUGGAGAUGGAGUCCACAAAAUCUACCCGGGGGCUUACAUCAAGGUGUUUGAUCUGCGACAGUGUCACAGACAGAUGCAGCAGCAGGCGGCGGCUGUUGUGGGUCAGACGGGUGUCGGGUUGAACACUACCGGUAUGUGCUCCCCUACAGGUUUAGGCGUAGACGACCUGCGCAGGUUGUGCAUCGUGCGCCUGAGCUUUGUUAAGGGCUGGGGGUGCGACUAUCCGAGGGAGAGCAUCAAGGACACCCCCUGCUGGCUGGAGGUGCAUCUCCAUCGAGCGCUGCAGCUGCUGGACCAGGUGCUACACAUGCUGCCGCUGCGAGAGCACACACUCUGAAGGUGUGUGUGUGUGUGUGUGUGAGAGAGAGAGGUUGAGGGUCCCACUCAGACAAUCAGCUCUCCUGUAACCAAUUCUGGUAUAGAAACGCUAAAGAAAACAUGUCCAGCCUGAGAGAUGUAUAUUUUUGAGGUAUUUAUGGAGUUGAAGGUUCAAUUCUCAGACUGGCCCUUUGCUCUGACACACAGUCAGACGUCCGUCUCACGGGACUCUCAGGCAUCCAGGGUCCAGUUCAGACCUCCGAAGACAGAGCCGUUAGUUCAGCUGAAGCCCUGGUACCAAACCACAGAACCAAAGAGCCCGGCUGUGAGUUGCGCAGCACCGUGGGCCCGUCUCUCAUAUCCCUGUCUUAAGACUUUAUUCAGUGAAGUCCAGCUUUAAACUUUAAUCAUUUUAUUCUUCGGUGUUAAUUUAUUGACAGUUGUCUGCCAAAGAGUCUUCUGGUGGGUCACAUGAUCUUCAUCUUGAGUUUGUGAUUCAUACAACUUCCCAUCUUCUACGUCCAGAGCUUUAUCUUAAGGGUGAUAGUAAAACCUGUGCUUUGUUAUCAUUAAAUCUUACAGUGAAUACAACAGUGACUCUGUGACCUGGUGUCCUCACUCCUACUCUGCUCCGCUCACCCACCACGAUUUACAUUCACCAGAGAAUCAAAGGAAAGAUUACAAAUCGUCAUUCAUGCAAGCUGGCUGAUCAAUGUCGUGAAUUUUUGAAAAAGCUGUUUUAAUUAUUAAUCAUAUUCAAAAUAUCCUAUUUUAAUUGCUAGAGAACAUCCUCGUGCCUGGCAAAAAAAGAGCAGUUUUCAUGUAAUGUAUCAAGUUAAAUUACUCCUCUUGCUUUGACUUUUCAAUAACUAAAUCGCUCUUCAUCUGAGGUGAUCGUUUUUACUUUGAAAGACUGAACAUACAGUAGUUUGUUUUCGUUCUACGCUCCAUUUUUAGGAGAAACUCAAAUUCCGAGUCGACUUGAAUGCAACACUCGAAUAUGGCGGCAAUGACGAACAAAGACGGAGCGUAGGUGAGGUUUAAAUGUUUCACACCCGCU